AUGGAAAAACGCGAUCGUUUAUUAGACAUUCCGUGCCGGGUAUGCGGGGAUCGCAGUUCUGGCAAACACUACGGCAUUUAUAGUUGUGACGGUUGUUCGGGAUUUUUUAAGAGAAGCAUUCAUCGCAAUCGCAUCUAUACGUGCAAAGCACAGGCAGAUCUAAACGGCAAGUGUCCGGUUGACAAAACACAUCGCAACCAAUGCAGGGCCUGUCGGCUCAAAAAGUGUUUUGAAGCGUCUAUGAAUAAGGACGCCGUUCAACACGAAAGAGGUCCGCGAAAACCAAAGUUUAGGGAUCACAACGAUUUGAAAACAUUACAUAAUCAUCAAAACACCAUUUCUGCAUUGACUUCGCCUUUCAAUAAAACAAUUGCUGUAUUAGAGAGACACCAUCACCACCAACACCAACAUAGCAAUAGUGGUCACACACACCAUAUAACAUCACAUCAACCACCAGUUUCUCACAUAAUGAGUAAAAUACCACCACUUAUAUCACAAACUACUGAGAAUAGACAGGAACUGCUCAGUGGGUUGUUCUCUAACAGUGCUAAUAAACCUGACACGUGUACACCAAUCGGGUCGUUGAUUAAUAGUGGAUUGGGAAGCACUGGUAAUCCCUUUUAUGAUAGUAGUAAUACAACUGCACCCCCGGGACUGUUGCAAAUGCUUUUGAAUGCAGAGAAAUCUCAGGAAUUGAUUUGGAAUAGCAUUAGAAGCGGUGCUGUUAUUAGUCAUUUGCACAGUUCUUCAGCAAACAUGCCAUUUGGCAUAAGGAGUAUCUUUGAAGAUAUGACACCCCAACCAAACCCUUUAUUUUUUCCGUCAUUCCUAUCGAGUGCUUCCAAUUCUCAUACUAUUUUCCCGACAACACUCAACACCACAACAACGACACAGCCGUCUCAGUCAACUACUCCAUCAUCAACUGGUAGUGGAUCAAAUGGUACUCAAACACCUGAAACUGAUAAUAGAUCAAUUCCAAGAAACUGUACUUUUAAUAAUCUACCAUUUCCUAAACCAUUGGCACAUUUAUCCACCAAUAGUAGUCCUCACUGGGAUUCUGUACAUGAAGUGACCGCUCGCUUGCUAUUUAUGGUAAUCCGUUGGGUUAAGUGUCUGCCAACGUAUAGGACAUUAUCAAAAAAUGAUCAGAUAACAUUAUUAGAAGAUUCGUGGAAAGACUUAUUUUUGUUAAAUAUGGCCCAAUGGUCGGUCACACUUGAUUUGGUGUCACCAAUGCCAGGAGCGCCUACUUAUUUGUCUCGUGCUAUCACUAAUUUCAAGUCUAAUGACACUCCAAAUAUGUCAGCAGAUAUCCAAUACAUACAGGAAAUUAUGAGACGAUUCAGACAACUAUCACCGGAUGGUACUGAAUGUAGUUGUCUUAAAGCUAUUGUACUUUUCAAACCAGAAACUAUAGGUCUGUGUGAUGUUCAACCGGUUGAGAUGCUCCAGGAUCAGGCCCAGUGCAUACUCGGUGAUUAUGUCAGACAUAAGUACCCGCGACAACCCACCAGAUUUGGCCGAUUAUUACUAUUGAUUCCGUGUUUGCGGGCUAUUGCUGCUAAUAAUGUGGAAAAAUUGUUUUUCAAAGAAACUAUCGGAGAAAUACCAGUUGAAAAGUUAUUGGGAGAUAUGUAUCACAUGGAAAAAUUUGAAUAA